AUGAUGCCUAUCACAAAACAGUACUCAGACAAUGAACAGUCAGAUGCAGACAACCUGCUUACAGAACUGAACCAAGCCAAGCUCAAACUCCAAGGCUUUAAAGCUGAUCAAGACACAAAAGUACAAUGCCUUGCAGCUGAUGCGGAGUACCACUGCGCUAUGAUGCAGAAGUACAAACUGAAAUAUGAGUAG